UAUUAAGGCUACAGUUUGUUAUCCUAUGACAUUGUUCCUUGCUAGCGUAAAAUCAGUGCAUAUAAGUUUACAAUACUAAAUCUUUUAGUAUACGCGCCGUGUUAAAAAGAAAAAUCUUGGAGUUUAAGAAAGUCUGGUUUUAUUAAAACGAACACUGUGAAAACAGUGUUCUGUAAUGCCAGGAAAGAGUACAGGAAGGAAAAGUCGAAAUUUUGGUACCCAAACUGGGUCUGAAAAGGUAGUAGUGAGCGCACGAGAAAAAGGGGUUCAAGUCGGCACUUAUCCGGAUCUCACUGAGAAAGCAAAAGUCACAAUGCAGAGAGAGCAAAGAGAAUGUUUCCCACAAAUGUCAGAUGCAAGCACAGAAGUGUACUUGUUUGUGAGAGGAAAGCAAGAAUAUGUUCAACGACUGAAGAAUGCGUUUGUUGUAGAGAAACGGGUUGUAGAAAAUUAUGGAGGAGUCUAUCUUGGUAUAGCUGAAAAUCUGAAAAGAUACGAGGGUGAUCUUUAUAGUCGAAUGCCAGAGCAGUGUCUCAUUAUGAUUAAGUUUCCGGACAGUAGACACGCAGAAAUGUGGACUGAAUCUAGCAAAAUAUUUAAACAGAAAGACUUUCCUUCUGCCGGUGAUGGAUUAGAAUUAUUUUCAGUACCAGUCCAUUAUUUACCGAAUGCAGAUGUGUGUGCAUUCCAGCUAUCAGAGAUGUAUGGGUUGAAUGUUUCAAAUAGCGAGUUCUACGAAAAUUACGUGAAACACGUUCCGAAGUUAAUGAAUAUACGUCACAUAUAUCACGGUGUUGUUGCAACGUAUAAAGUCAGCAGGAUUCGCAAUUGUAUGAUUCGACCAGACACAUACGUUCUUCUCUUCUGCGCAGAUUCAGAAAAGAAACUGACGGAUUUCUACGAUAGUGCGGAAUACCAGAGAUACAGAGAGUACAGACAGCGUGCAGUAGCAGACACGAAUACAUGUUUCUUCACGUUAAAGCCACUUACCUCCCGUUAGUUACCACAGCAACAACCAAGAUGCAUUUAAUUUGUUCUCCUGCCACUUUCAUUGCAAUGGCAAUAACUCUUCUUUCAUUAGACCAGGCGUACUGACUCACAAAGAUUUAGCCAGUGAUUUUCAGUAAAAGUUAAAUAUUACCCUGUAUAAGUAAAGCAUAUUUGGACUGGAGGAACUACACCUAAAACUUUCUGUACAACAGGGGAGACUAAUAUUGAAGACCUGUGUGUACUGGAAUAAUUUAUAUUAAUACUUAAAUAAAUAAGUUAUUGCCUCCUUGGAAUAAAGCAAAUUGAAACAUUUAGCAAAGCACUGGAAUACUGCUUAAAUGGCAAGAUUGGUCUAAUAUCUGCUGAACAGUGAAAAACGGUAUUGUUAAAAACAUCUUUUAAAAGUUCCUGAAAUUUUUAAAACGUCCUGGAAAAUUAACAACUCCAUCAUAUGUCUUCUGCUGCAUUAUAAGAGUUCAGAAAAUUUAGUACUUUUAAUCAGAUUAACUUUUUAGUUAAAUUCAGAUAGCAUUUAGAACUGCUUUACUCGCAAUACAACUAUGUAUCAUGUAAUUUAUAACACCAGCAUUAAUCAACAUCUGUUUGCGACCAGCAUGGAUCCAGACCAGCCUGCGCAUCCGCGCAGUCUGGUCAGGAUCCAUGCUGUUCGCUAACAGUUUCUCUAAUUCCAAUAAGCUUUGAAAGUGAACAGCAUGGAUCCUGAUCAGACUGCAUGGAUGCGCAGGAUCCAUGCUGGUUGUAAACGCACUAUGUUGGUUUUCUUAUGGCGCGGCUCAUUUUCAGUUCUCCAUUUCAAGGUAGUUAUGCAUAUUUGGAUAAAUUAUUUCUCAAUUAUGCUAACGUGCAGAACUACCUUAGUUCUAGAUUUUUAAUAUAGUAUUAUACUUGAUAUAAUUUCCUCAUUAAUCAGUUUUGUGAAAAAAAUGUGCUUUUGGAGAGCCAGUUAUUUCUAGCAUAUAAGAAUAAUGUAUUUAUACGAACAAUUAAUGAGUACCUAUAACAUAGAUUCGGUCUAGUAAAACUGUGAUAUUUCUUUCCGUCCAUCAUUUUUCUUUUACUAUUAUGUUGUAGAACCCUUAACAUGCUUAAUCUAUUUCUGUUCUAAGAAAUAUAUUUUAUUAGUAUAAUCAGAAUAUUUUUUUCCAAUGAAAAUUAUUUUCUAUCAACAAUUUUGGAUUUUCUUUUAAUCUAAAGCUGCUCGAAAAUACAUUUAUAAAAAUUCUGUUCAAUAUUGCAUUGGCAGUUUAAUCUACAGCAUUAAUUAGAUUUUGCAUAUGCUUCAAAUUUCUGUAUGUCAUAUGAAAAACACUUUGUAAUUUUUAUGGAUUUAAUGUUUGGUAACACUAAUCAGUUUUUUAUGCCAUGAAGUAAACACGAAGUGCAAAAUAAAAACCGAACUGAAUAUUUCUUCUAUCAGAACAUUUUACUGGAAAUAUGAAAGUUGUGGCAACAGUUAAAUGCUUUUCUAUAUUUUUUUUUUAAAAAGACCAUGUUUUCUUUAAAAAUUGCUUCAAUGUUCUGAAACUUUUGUGAACAAAUUCUUCCUACAAAUCAGUUAUGAUUUUUUCGAAAUUAAAAGAACAUUGAUCUUUAAAGGAAGAGAUUUUUCAGUAUUUACUAUUAAAUAUGCAUGUAUUUCACACGAGCCAUAGGAGGAAUUUGUAUGUUGUAAGAUUAUUUAAAUCAUUUUUGUAAAGUCAUUGUAUCUCUCUUGUAAAAUAACAUUUUCUCCAUAAUAAAUUGCUAUUUUCUCAAUAUGCA